AUGUCCAAUCCAUCGCAGCUCUUGCUUCUCGCCGACCACAUUAAACUCUCUCUUCUCGAGCGCCAGCGCGCCAUCUCGCUAAAUCUAGACGUCAAUCCUUCCCAAGAUUCAAAUAUUGCCCGCUCACUAGAAUCCUUUCGAGAAGGCAUCGAGUCCCUUUCCAGCCGCUCUCCCGAAGAGGAAUCGCUGUCUCAGCUGUGGAGUCAAUACAAUGACCUGUCACGGCAGUUUCAAGGGGAAAGUUCUACAACGACGGAAGACACACUCUCUUCGCCGAAUGAUCCGGCAUUGAAGGAAGACUUUGAACGAGCAAAGACCCGCAAACCCAGUGACGCCGCCCAACAGAGAGCCUCGAACCUGCGGAAACAGGAUGCGGCGGCGGCGCAGAACCCAGGUGCCAAAAAUGUCCGUUUCCGCGAUGAGCCCUCGCAAGAAUCACUCGAUACCCAAGACGAGGCGAACCGGGCUGCGCUCUUUCCUUCCCGGUACACAGACGAGGAGGAUUCUCGCGUUCAUACACCCGACCCCACCGAGAGCAUGGACAACCAACAGAUCCACGUCUACCACCAACAAGUGAUUGCUGAACAAGACGAACAGCUUGACCGGCUGGGGGAAUCUAUUGGCCGUCAGCGUCACCUGGCCAUGCAGGUGGGCGAUGAACUCGAGGGUCAGAUCGCUCUCUUGGAUGAAGUCGACAGGGGUGUAGAUAGACACCAAGGUCGGCUUGAUGGUGCAAAGAGGCGGUUAAAGGGUGUAUCGGAGCGGGCAAAGCAGAAUUGGGGCAUGACGACGAUCGUCGUGCUAAUUGUCAUUCUGGUGUUACUGAUUGUACUGUUGAAAUGA